AUAGCCAUCAUUGUCUGGAAUCGAGCAAAACAACUCUGGAAAAACAGAAAUUCAUCGCUUGGUCAACGAUUUCAAGUAGCCGAGACCAAUCGAACGUCUCCAAUCUAUCUCUCCAUAUCGGUGAAUGAGUCAAUUUGCAUAGUGGCGAUGUCCAUCAUAGGAUUCCUAAUGCUUCGACGGGAUAACACCGAAGUUAUUGCGUCCGACGACGUCCUCGUGCACCUCGUCGAUACUUUUGGUGCUUGGCGGAUCGUUUUCAUAAACCUCACUCUCAUUUACUACUCCGUGGUGGAGAAGAGAAGUCGCAAAAUGGUGAUGGCACACAUGAUGAAGAACCCAAACGAGUCCACCGUCGAUCAUUUCACUGGCUUGAAAGCGAUGUGGAAAUAA